UUUUCUUUCAGUUGCAGCAUUGAGAUUGAUAUCUUGUUACACGGGAGCUCUGGUUCCAUGUUUUAGGUAUUUUCCUUUCGUCGUCGAUGUUUUGCUGAUUCAUCUUGUGCAUGUCGAUUUACAGAAGCUGGGGUCUCUGAAUAAUGAACGAAGAAGGCUGCGUCCCGCACAACUCUGAUGUUGUCAAACAAAAGUCUAUAGAUCAAAGAGCCCCUCUUCCCGGGGAGCCUAAAUGUGUUAUCUGCAGUCGUUAUGGUGAGUACAUUUGUGACGAGACCAAUGAUGACGUCUGCAGCCUCGAGUGUAAGCAAACACUCCUGAGAAGGGUUGACAACGCUACAGUGUUUCCUGCCACAGAUGAGUGCUUCUAUGUUAGAGACCCAGGAUCUUCUUUCCCCGAUGCUCAACUGCUUAGAAGAAAGCUUGAUAUUCAUGUCCAAGGACAAGAAGCAGCAGUCCCUCCACCUGUCUUAACUUUCACUUCAUGUGGGCUUCCUCCUAAGCUUCUUCUCAACUUAGAAACGGCUGGCUAUGACUUUCCCACUCCUAUCCAGAUGCAAGCGAUCCCAGCUGCUUUGAGCGGCUAUAGUCUGCUCGCCUCAGCCGACACCGGCUCCGGGAAAACAGCUUCUUUCUUGUUCCUAUUAUUUCUCGUUGUACAACGUAUCGCUCUGAGCAUCCGUGGUGAUCCCAUGUCUGGACAACUCUACCGCAUUCAGCAAGGUGUUGAAUUGAUCAUUGGUACCCCAGGCCGGGUUGUGGACCUUCUAGUAAAGCACGCCAUUGAACUAGAUAACAUCAUGACGUUUGUGCUGGAUGAAGUUGACUGCAUGCUUCAGAGAGGCUUCAGGGAUCUGGUGAUGCAGAUAUUUCAGGCCUUGUCACAACCACAGGUCUUGCUGUUCUCUGCGACAGUCUCAAGAGAGGUGGAGAAGGUGGGAGGGUCUCUAGCGAAGGAAAUCAUUUUGGUAUCCAUAGGUAAUCCCAACAAACCUAACAAGGCUGUCAACCAAUUGGCUAUCUGGGUUGAUGCAAAGCAAAAGAAACAGAAGCUGUUUGAUAUACUCAAAAGUCAAAACCAUUUCAAGCCCCCCGCUGUUGUUUAUGUGAGUUCGAGAGUUGGAGCAGAUCUCCUGGCUAAUGCUAUAACUGUUGUCACGGGGGUAAAAGCUCUAUCGAUCCAUGGGGAGAAGCCAAUGAAGGAGAGGAGAGAUGUAAUGGGAUCGUUUUUGGGUGGAGAUGUGCCUGUUCUUGUAUCUACAGGAGUUCUAGGCCGAGGAGUUGACCUCUUGGUGGUAAGGCAGGUGAUAGUGUUUGACAUGCCUAGUACCAUCAAGGAGUACAUACAUGUAAUUGGCAGGGCCUCUAGGAUGGGAGAGAAGGGCACUGCCAUUUUGUUUGUGAAUGAGGACGACAGGAACAUAUUCCCUGAUUUGGUUGCCGCUUUAAAAAGUAGUGGAGCAGCCAUACCUAAGGAACUUAUCAAUUUGACAUCCAGGGAAAUGCACAACAAGAAGAGAAGGGUUGGGUACUGAAAUGUAUGACCUGGAUCCAAAUGUUUUUGUAAAUUAAGAAAGAAAGGAACUAAGGAAGACUUGGGAGCAUUAACGAAAAUAGUAAAGUACAAGGGAAAAAAAGAGGUUUAUUUUGCAAAGAAAUCAUAUUGACUUGUGAUUUGUCGAACGUUAUUGUUGGAUAAAAUCAUGAAGUUACU